CACACGCCCCCCCACCCCCGGCCGACCUUUGUGGAUUGUGUUGGUUGUUGUUUUAAAGUUUAAAGCCGAAGCCGAUGAGGAAGCGGGUUCCCUGGAUCAGCGGCGAGUGAAGUGCUUAAUCAUGACGACAAAGCGUAAUUUGUUUGGAAGGCUGGUGCCAUGUCGCUGUCUAAGGGGAGAAGAAGAAGCUGUCACUGUCUUGGACUAUUCUCACUGCAGUUUGGAACAAGUGCCCAAAGAGAUCUUCCCCUUUGAUAAGACCUUGGAGGAACUUUAUUUAGAUGCUAACCAGAUUGAAGAGCUUCCAAAGCAACUGUUCAAUUGCCAGUCUCUGCACAAGCUAAGCAUGCCAGAUAAUGAUCUAACUGUGUUGCCAGCAUCCAUUGCAAAUCUCAUCAAUCUCAGGGAAUUGGAUGUCAGCAAGAACGGGAUUCAAGAAUUUCCAGAAAAUAUCAAAAACUGCAAGGUCCUAUCUGUUGUUGAGGCCAGUGUAAACCCUAUUUCAAAGCUUCCUGAUGGCUUCACACAGUUACUGAACCUGACUCAACUUUACCUAAAUGAUGCCUUUUUGGAGUUUUUGCCAGCAAACUUUGGAAGAUUGACCAAAUUGCAGAUAUUGGAACUACGAGAAAAUCAACUAAAGAUGUUGCCAAAAACCAUGAGCAGGCUCACCCAGUUGGAGAGAUUAGAUUUGGGAAGUAAUGAGUUCACAGAAGUGCCUGAAGUAUUAGAACAACUGACGGGACUGAAAGAGUUUUGGAUGGAUGGCAAUAGACUUGCAAUGCUUCCAGGGUUUAUUGGCAAAUUAAAGCAGUUGACCUACUUGGAUGUUUCCAAAAACAAUGUGGAAAUGGUUGACGAUGCCAUAUCAGGUUGUGAGAACCUCCAGGACUUGUUGCUAUCUAGCAAUGUGCUCCAACAGCUACCUGAAUCCAUUGGUUCUCUUAAGAAGCUAACUGCGCUCAAGGUGGAUGAAAAUCAACUAAUAAAUUUGCCAGAUUCAGUAGGAGGGCUUUCAUGUUUAGAAGAAUUUGAUUGCAGUUUUAAUGAAAUUGAAGCUCUACCUUCUACAAUUGGGCAAUUACAAAAUCAAAGAACAUUUGCAGCAGACCAUAACUUCAUAACAGAACUUCCUUCAGAGAUUGGUAACUGGAAGAAUGUGACUGUCCUGUUCCUUCAUUCCAACAAAUUGGAGUACUUGCCUGAAGAAAUGGGAGAAAUGCAGAAACUGAAAGUCAUUAAUCUCAGUGACAACCGGUUAAAGAAUCUGCCAUUUGGCUUCACAAAACUGCAAGAACUAACAGCGAUGUGGCUGUCUGAAAACCAGUCUAAACCACUUAUUCCUCUUCAGAAAGAGGUGGAUCCAGAUACGCAGAAACAAGUGCUCACAAACUACAUGUUCCCGCAGCAACCUAGGACAGAAGAUGUGUUGUUUAUCUCGGAUAAUGAAAGUUUCAAUCCUUCGCUGUGGGAAGAACAAAGGAAGCAGCGUGCUCAAGUGGCUUUUGAAUGUGAUGAGGACAAGGAUGAAAGAGAGGCACCACCAAGGGAAGGUAACUUGAAAAGGUAUCCAACACCAUAUCCUGAUGAGCUCAAAAACAUGGUUAAAACUGCUCAGAGUGUGGUACAUAGAUUAAAAGAUGAUGGAACAUCAGAUGAUUCUGGAACUGAAAUGAAGCAGAAUGAUGACCGAUCAGUCACAACGAAAAAUUCUGGUGUAGAGGUAACAGACUGUACUAUAGAAUGCAUUAAAUCAUCAGAAAAUGUUGAAUUGAAUAUGGUGGAAAACUGCACCAAGCAAAACAUUGAGGAAGACCUGAGUGACAAUGUGGAAAAUACCCAAAAAAAUGCAGUUGUGGAUGAUGCUGAGGAUAUAAGCACUGCUGCCAACGAUGAAGAUGCACUUGAGGAUACUGAAAACACUUCUUCAGACGAAGAGAUGAAGAUGGCAGAAUUAAGGCCACCCUUGAUUAAGAUACCAAUCACUCAACCAAAAGUUGUUGCACUGAGUAAAGAGAAAAGAGAUGAUGCCGAUUCCUUAUUUGAGGAGCUAAUUCCAAACAGUAAUCAGAACAACAGUAAUUGCUCGUCGCCAUCCAGGAUAUCGGAUACAGUUUCCUUCAACACAGGAAGUAGCCAGGAGACCUUGCAGUCAACCCCCGACAAAGAUGCUAAAACUGCCAUUCCACUUCUUAAAAGGAACAAUCGAGGUGAUCUUCGUGAAACAUCUCCACUGCUUCAAAACGGAACAAGAUCUAGCACACCACUUCAGGCCAUUGUGAAAACUCAUGAGAUUGAUUCAUCUAUUGAUUCUCCUGCAGGGAACAAAGAAGCCAUUAAAUUGUCUGAAUUUGAAUUCAAUGUUGAGGAGAAACUAGGUCUCCUGGAGAAGGAGAUUGAUUUGAAUAGUAAUACACAGCAAUACCAGAAAUUAUUCAAGGUUGGUGUGAAUAAGAAUGAGCUUGCCACAGAGGAUGUGGUUCAGAAAUUAGAUGCAGGAACUAAAUGUGAAAGUAGUGUUGAUGGAGGGAUGAAUAUAUUUGAACAAUCAUCAGAAAAUAUUUUGAAAGGUAAUCCAAAAGAAAUCACAGAGCGUUUAAAGAAUGGAAAUGAAGUACCUAAUGAUUUGCCACAAAAUCAAAUAAAUGGACGGCUGGAGGAAAUUAAACAAUAUCAAUUCCACUCUGAAGCAGAACAACAAAAUUUACCUGGUACAUUUUCAAAUGUUGAUGCUGCUAUCUCUAGGAGCACUGAAGAGCUGUCUCCACAUCGGGAGUGUUCUCAAGGACCAGUUGUCAAAUCUCUCAGUAUAACACACAUUGAAACAGGGGGGUUAAAACUUUAUGAUAUCAAUGACAAUGGACCUCAUGAGCAAAAUUUAAUAGUAAGGGCGCCACCUAUAGCUGGACAGGGACAAAAUAUAAUCCGCAGUAAGUCUGCCAGUCUUCUGAGUGACCAGUCGUUACAACCAUUUACUGGAAAUUCUGCGUCAUCGUCAGAUCUUAUUUCAUGCAAAAAGGCAGUGUACACAUUUGAUCAAAACUUCAACCCUCAAGGCAUCACUUUAAAGAAAGGAGCUAUCGCUGUUGCACAGAUGCCUCCAGUACCUCAGUACAAUGUCCAGUACAGCAGCAGUGGAAUAACCAAAGAGAAUGUGUGGCCACAGAGGCAAGCGUUUCAAACAGAUCAAGGUAAUAUAGGAUCCCAUCACCUUCAGAGGUCUGAGACACUUGACAAUGCCAAUUACGUAAAGCAUUCUGCAAACAUGAACUUCUCUAAUCGCAAUAAUGCCCAAUCCAACAUGACUUACAAUAUGCAGCCAAGGGUUGGAACUCGACAAGUGGAAAUGUGGGGUUGCCCUCCAGGUGAGAGAUUGAUUCAGGCCAGUCAGAGGUCCACCUUGCAGAGACAGAGCAGUGUUUCAUCUACUUCCUCUGUUACUCUUCCUGAAGCCCACCACUGUAGGCGAGUUCCAGUACCAGAGGCAGACUAUAUGACUUACAGGGAUUUACAUACACUUGGAAGAGGGCCCCAGGUAGUUCAGGGCUCACAAAGACCUCUAUCUGCAAGGACUUACAGUGUUGAUGGUCCAUCUGCAUCUAGGCCUCAUAGUGCACGGCCACAUGUAACUGAAGUUCCAGAGAGAACAAUGUCUAUCAGCGAUUUCAAUUACUCACGGACUAGUCCAACUAAAAGACCCAAUGUGAGGGUGAAAUCUGAGCAUUCACUUCUGGAUGCACAGGGGGCCAACAAGGUGCCACCUGAUUGGAGGGAGCAGGUGUUACGUCACAUUGAAGCCAAAAAGUUAGAAAAGAGCAUGCUGUCUAGAUCGUUUAAUUUCAAUUAUGCUGCUUUUAGCAGCAUGCACUCUGGAAGCUGUAGGGAACUGCACGACAGCCAGGGCAACGUUGCCUUGAGUGUUGCAGACGGAAGGAAUUCCGGAGUGCACAUGUUCCGUUAUCCAUCACAAGGUAACAGUAUCGGGGACCCAAAUCAAGAUGAUGUCUUCAGUGUUGGACAGCAGAAUUACUCAUCUGCUACACAUGUUAUGAAGGAUAUUCCACCAGACAGCAUGAGAAAAGUGCCUUUGACAAAUGGCCAGAUGUACCAAUCUUCAAGAGUUCCGAUAAAUUGCAACCAACCACAUCACACAAUGUCCCAAGCAACUGUUGGGAGACAUCCUUCGAGGGAGCAGCUGAUUGAUUUUUUAAUGCUAAAAGUAUCGCAUCAACCUCCUUACUGUCCAACACAAGGUGCAUCAACAAGCCAUCUGAUGAGACAAGGCCGUGAUAUUGUACAGCAUGAGAUGCAUGUUAGAAUAGAUAAGAAUCCUGAGCUGGGUUUCAGUAUAUCUGGAGGUAUUGGAGGUCGAGGGAACCCUUUCAGACCUGAUGAUAAUGGUAUAUUUGUAACUAGAGUUCAACCAGAAGGGCCAGCUUCAAAACUGUUGCAUCCUGGAGAUAAAAUAGUUCAGGCUAAUGGAUACAAUUUCGUCAAUAUUGAGCAUGGACAAGCAGUGUCACUAUUAAAAACCUUCCAGAAUGCAGUGGACUUAAUUAUCCUGAGGGAAGUUGCAUCCUAAUGAUGUGAAUCAUGGACAAAAAGAAGAAAUCAACCAUUGUGACCAGUUUUUUUUAAAUAAGUAAUUCCAUAGCAAAAAAUGCAGCUGAUAUCACUUUUUACUGGGAGUUGGGAGAGGGAUCAAUGGACUGAUAAAAUGGUCAAAUGAGUUUAGGCUGUAAUGUAUUGGCAAUGGUAGAGCUUUGGUAUAAGGGGCACAACCACUCUAUAAUGGUAGGGGUGUGGAUACAGGGACUGAAAUAGGUAAUGGAAGCAAAUAUUGCAGGGUGAGGAAUUAAUAUAGUAAACAUCAAAAUCACUCUUAAUAUGAACAAACCUGUGUGCUUUUCUGUACAGAGUUUAGGUUUUAUUUUUGGAUAAUCUUAUACAUUACUAAAUAAAUUGUACAAGGCUUAUGUAGUGAGCCUGAUUUUAGCUCAUGGACAGGUGGCAGGGCUAUCUGGUCCAUAGAAGUAUGCCUUUAUUUUUAAUCACCUUUGUAUAAUUGUUAAACGCUGAAACCUCUGGGUAUGAUAUACAGGAGCUGGAAAAUGGAUGUGUGUGCAUUGUUUAGACGAAUGGGUAGGUGAGUGGCUUGAGCAUAUACAAUAAAGUGACCUUGCUGGGAGUCGAUGGUAAAACUGAAUAUGGGGCUAGGUUACCAAAGUAAAUGUAUGAUAGUGUGGUUUAAUGAUGGAGAAGUCAUUAUUCAAAGUUGGAUUGGGAAAGGAAGAGCAAAUGAAACCUGUCUGUCUGAGAUGGUCUGUUACUAUAAGAGUGUUCUGAAAUGUGAAGUGGAUUCUUAAAGAACAAGGUUUCUUAGUGUUUUUACAAAGAACGAGGAUUGUGGUUAUGCUGCCUAUUACUGUACGAGAAUGUUAUUUUAUUACACUGUUAUCAUUUCUAGUACAUUUGGCCAACAUUUUAAAAAAAACCUUUCUAUCUUUACUAAAAAUGGGUAUAAUUAACAAUACUGAUGUAUACUGGUCACUCUUGUGUAUCACAGUGGAAGUGCCAUAGGAGACCGAGAAUUAAGUUUUUAAUACAGAUUCAAACUGUGCAAAGAAGCAAUACUGUAUGUAUAUUUAGAAGAAAAUAUCUGGGGUUUUAUGAAUUUAGUAAUAUUGCUUACCUUUUAAAAUCUCAAUUCCCUGUAAAAUUUCUAUACCAACAUAAGCAUUAAAUCAGUUCAUUUAUUUUAUAAAAUGUUCAGUCUAAGAAUUAUUUGAACAAAACCCUUUAAAUGCUCCCAUGAUGGUGCUAAAAGGCUAUUUUCCUCACAUUGGAACCAAAUUUAUCGACAAAGUUGCUCCAAGGGUUUAGCAGAAAUAAUUGUGUACAUAAGCAAAAACAAAACCCUGCUUGGGUAUUUUCUGUAUGUUGCAGCAGCUCAUGGCUUCAUGUCUCUUGAUCACUGGUAUUUUGUAGCAGCAUUCCCAUUAAGGUAAAUUGUAUAAAAGUUUGUUGUGCGUUGAAAACUUCAAAGGUUUUCUUUUUUUUAAGUUUGAUGCAAGGUCACAAGCUGCGUUGAUUGCUAACUUUCUAUUUUAAAAGAUUUUUACCCACGGUUAAAGGCAUGGUUUUUAAAAUCGUGGAAACAGUUUUUAAAAAGUAAGAAACUAUUUUACCUAAUGGGGAAUAAUACUGUUCAGCUGCGUGGUAAUACUGUAACAGAACUUAUACAGAAAGAGUAAAUUAUAUUUCAAUGAAAUAGCCUAUUGGUAAGAAUUGAAGUUUGUAAAAUGUUUCAAGCUAGAAUUGCCUUUCAUGAACUUGGUGAUCAUAAAAGUACCACUGUUUGAAAUCUUUGCAUUGUGUAUGCACUGUCAAAUUAUAUUUUGGUGGGUCAAAAAGAGCUAAUUAAUUUCACAUUUACUUCAGGAAUUUUCAAUUCCUGGAUGCAGUAAUGACCUGAUACAUCUGGAAUUGUUUGAUUUUCAUGUAACCUGGAGCAACAAUUUUGAAGCCAAAUUUCGACCAAUAUCAGCAAGUCCAUUGAUUGGACUGGAUCAAAGCAGUGGAUGAGAUGCCAGCUACUUGUCAAAAGUAAAACAAAGUCUCGCCUGUCUUUAGUAAGCCAUAUCCUGCAGCAUUUCUGACUUUGCAGGAAGAUGGUUGAUUUUAAAGUCAUUAGUUUCUGUUUCAUUUCUAUCUUGUUUUACAUAAAGCUUUUUAAAAAAAACUAUUUUUUUGUGUGAUAACCGGUUUACGAAGUCGGUGUUUGAUUAUAAGGUCAGUAGCAUUUUAGGUAACUGUUGGAUCUCUGUUGAUGACCAAUACAUGAAAGGUGUAAUUCAGCUGCGUAUGUAAACCAGAAAUAAAUUGAAAAGUCUUAAACAUUCCCUCAUAUUUAUUAUGUAACUUAUUUAUUUAGAUGGUUUCUUUUGGACUGGAUUUUUCUAAAGUUUGUAUAUAGUUGAAUGCGUCCUUGAUUAUAACAAAUUUAAAAUGAACCAGCAGUAGCCACUGUACGUAACCUGGUCCCCACAGUAACACUGUAUUCCUGAUUAUAUUUUGAACCAUUGCCUUUUUAUUGAGCAAGUCUGAAAUGAUAUUUGAAAAGAGCUGCAUUUGUUCAACAUUCCACAUUUUGUAUAUAACUAGAUGGUUUCUGACAUAAUCUAUGGUAAUUAGGGUAAACUAAUGCUCUUCGCAGUCUGAUUUACUUUGUACAGUUUUAGUUUUAAUGAAGGCAGUCUGUUGUAUAUGAAAUCUUAAACAGUCAGUCAAAAUCGCUGUGUCCCACUGACAACUGAAACUGAUUUAUAAAUCCACUCAAUUUACAAAAAUGCAAAUUGCUUCUAUAUGUUCCUAUUGUGGUUUAUUAAAAAAAUUCCAAUCACUUA